GUACAGUGCUCAAAUGGCUUCAACUUUGGCAUCGGCGGCCCGUGCUGCUACCCGUGCGGCAGUCACACGUAGUGUGUAUAAUGACACCCGUAACAACUUGAUGAUCAACAAAAGCACCAAAGUUAUUGUCCAGGGUUUCACCGGACGUCAGGGAACCUUCCACAGCAAGCAAAUGCUCGAAUACAACACGAAUCUUGUUGGAGGAGUCUCGCCGAACAAAGCCGGUCAAACGCAUCUCGGGCUUCCCGUGUUCGGAUCCGUCGCAGAAGCGAAAGACCGCACUGGAGCCGACGCUACUGUCAUCUAUGUUCCUGCCGCAGGAGCAGCUCGUGCAAUUCACGAGGCUAUGGAUGCUGAAAUUGGCUUGAUUGUGGCAAUCACUGAAGGAAUUCCGCAGCAAGAUAUGGUCCGCGUCAAGAAUAGACUUUUAAAACAAAACAAAUCUCGUCUACUUGGGCCAAAUUGCCCUGGAAUCAUUGCAUCUGGAGAUUGCAAGAUUGGAAUCAUGCCAGGGCAUAUUCACAAGAAGGGUUGCAUCGGAAUUGUGUCCCGAUCGGGAACUCUAACCUACGAAGCUGUUCAUCAAACAACUACCGUCGGACUUGGACAAACGCGUUGCAUUGGAAUCGGAGGUGAUCCGUUCAACGGAACUAACUUCAUUGAUUGUUUGGAAGUGUUCUUGGAGGACGAACAAACUAAAGGAAUCAUUCUGAUCGGAGAAAUCGGAGGACAAGCCGAGGAACAAGCCGCCGAGUUCUUGAAAUCUCGCAACUCUGGUUCCAAUGCCAAGCCAGUUGUUUCGUUCAUCGCUGGAGUCACUGCUCCACCAGGUCGUAGAAUGGGACACGCCGGAGCUAUCAUCGCUGGUGGAAAGGGUACUGCUGGCGAUAAGAUCGAGGCUCUUCGCAAUGCGAAUGUGGUGGUGACUGAUAGUCCUGCAAAGCUUGGUGUUGCCAUGCAGAAAGCUCUUCUCGGCUAGAACAAUCCUCUCUUUUUUCAAUUUUAAACUUUCAUUUAACCCUUUUCUAUUUUUCUUCCGGGUCAGCUUUUGUGUCUAAUUCUAUUUUCUAUUUAAGUAGUUAAUUUUUUUCUCAGAAAAUUCAAGAAUAAAAUAAGUUCUUC